AUGGCCGAUACUCCAACCUCCCGGAUGAUCCACCCCUUCAGCAACAUGCAGAGGCAGAACCCGAAGCAGUUCCAGUUCCAGUACUCGGACAACCCACAGCAUCCCUGCCGCCCUUACCAGCCAUCUCCAGACACCCAUGUCGUGCCACAGCACCUCUACAGCCUCAAGUCGUCAUCAGACGCUAGCUAUGAGAACCAGGUCGCUCAGAUGAAGCACACUCUGGACUCCUCGGCGGCAGCCGGCUGCAUGAGGCACGACUCGCCGUCCAGCCAUAGCUUCACUCCUCCGUCCAUCAGGAGCGGCAGCGGCAGCCCGUCGUCCCACGACGACAGCCGCUCCGACUCCACCAACGGGUCUCCGGUGAGUGCUUCAUGCGUCACUGUGACGACCGAGGAUCCCAACGAUCUGAAGCAGAAGCUCAAGGACCUUGAGGCUGAAAUGCUCGGGCCGGACGCCGAGAUAGUGAACAGCCUCGAGAGCUCCGUCGCGAAGCAGCUGUCGCUGGAGCCGGAGAAGUGGGCGCAGAGGAUGGACUUCCCCAGGGGCGACCUGAAGGAGCUGCUGCUCGCCUGCGCCAGAGCUGUGGAGGAGAAGAACAUGUACGCGGUGGAUGUGAUGGUGCCGGAGCUGAGGAAGAUGGUCUCGGUCUCCGGCACACCGCUGGAGAGGCUGGGAGCCUACAUGGUGGAAGGGCUGGUGGCCAGGCUCGCCUCCUCCGGCCACUCCAUCUACAAGGCCCUGAGGUGCAAGGAGCCCAAGAGCUCCGACCUGCUCUCCUACAUGCAUUUCCUCUACGAGGCCUGCCCCUACUUCAAGUUCGGCUACAUGUCGGCCAACGGCGCCAUCGCGGAGGCCGUCAAGGGGGAGGACCGGAUCCACAUUAUCGACUUCCACAUCGCCCAGGGAGCGCAGUGGAUCUCCCUCCUCCAGGCCCUCGCGGCCAGGCCCGGCGGGCCGCCGACGGUGAGGAUCACCGGCAUCGACGACACGGUGUCGGCCUACGCGCGGGGCGGCGGGCUGGACCUUGUCGGGAGGAGGCUGUCGCACAUCGCCGGGCUCUGCAAGGUCCCCUUCGAGUUCCACUCGGUGGCCAUGGCCGGCGAGGAGGUGGAGGAGGCGCACCUCGGGUUCGUCCCCGGGGAGGCGCUGGCGGUGAACUUCACGCUGGAGCUGCACCACAUCCCGGACGAGACGGUGAGCACGGCGAACCACCGGGACCGGAUCCUGCGGCUGGUGAAGGGGCUGCGGCCCAGGGUGCUGACGCUGGUGGAGCAGGAGUCCAACACCAACACGGCGCCGUUCCCGCAGCGGUUCGCGGAGACGCUCGACUACUACGCGGCCAUCUUCGAGUCCAUCGACCUGACGCUGCCGAGGGACGACAGGGAGCGGGUGAACAUGGAGCAGCACUGCCUGGCGCGGGAGGUGGUGAACCUGAUCGCGUGCGAGGGCGCGGAGCGGGUGGAGCGGCACGAGGUGUUCGGCAAGUGGAAGGCGCGCCUCACCAUGGCCGGCUUCAGGCCGUCGCCGCUCAGCGCGCUGGUGAACGCCACCAUCAGCACGCUGCUGCAGAGCUACUCGGAGAACUACAAGCUCGCCGAGAGGGACGGCGCGCUCUACCUCGGCUGGAAGAGCAAGCCCCUCGUCGUCUCCUCCGCAUGGCACUAG